GAAACACGACAGACGCCUGCCCAGGACGAUGCACAACGAGCAGGAAAGGUUGUUUUGAGAAGGAGUAUGAAUGGAAGGCAAAAAGGCACGUGAGAAGGAUGGCAAGCUGUGCUUCAUGACGGCUUCACGCACGAUGUUCUAUGGGCCCUCCUCCACCAUGGCUCCACCAUCCAAGAACCGGCUGAAGCGCCAGAGCCGGCUCUUCUCCCAAGUCCUGUACCGGACACUGAGCUACAAGGACCGGAGCUCGGCCUCCGCCUCCCCAGCCGCCGGUGAGGAUGACCCUGCCGAGCUCUCCACCCAGCUCUCAGCCCCUGGCAUCCUGAAAAUCUUCGGGGGCAACAUCUGUGCGGGCACCAACUACAAGAGCGUGCUGGUGACGGGCAGCUCGGGCGCGCGGGAGCUGGUGAAGGAGGCCCUGGAGCGCUACGGGCUGAGCCAGCUCAGCGCCGCGCAGUACGCCCUGUGCGACGUCAUCGGCAGGUUCGAGGGCCCCGAGAAGCAGUGGCAGACGGAGGGGCUGAGGGUCCUGGGGGACCACGAGAAGCCGCUGCUCAUCCAGGACCUCUGGAAGCCCAGGGAGGGCUUCUCGCGGCGGCUGGAGCUGCGCAGGAGGGCGGAGGUGGAGGAGCUGGCGGCCAAGGACGUGGACACCACCACUGCAGGCAUCAAAACGCCCAAGCCGCGGAGCCUGCAGCGGCCACCGGGCUCGGGGGGCCGCGGGCGGCGGGCGAGCGGCUGAUUUCGGCGCGGGCCCCCCCCGACCCUGCGGCGCAGCCUCAGCGAGACCAGCCUGGGGACCCCGCGUUGAGGCGGGCGGGGCCGGGGCCGGGGCGGGGCCGGGGCCCGGCUCCAGCGGCACUGCUCCACCCUGCCCGGCAGCCCGGCGGCCCGGCGCGGAGCGCGGGCAGCCAUGCGGUACUCCCUCUACAGUUCCCCGCACCUCCUGCUCCUGCAGGGCUACAGCCAGCAGGACAGCCUGGUUUACCUGCUGAACCGCGAGCAGCACACGGUGGGCCAGAGGACGCAGGCGAGCAAGCCCAGCAUCAGCCUGUCAGCCCCCGACAUCCUGCCCCUGCACUGCACCAUCAGGAAGCUCCGACCUUCCCGGCACCGCUCGGAGGAGAAGCUGGUGCUGGAGCCCAUCGCCGGCGCCGGCAUCUCCGUUAACUUCGCCGAGGUGGCCCGGACGGUGGUGCUGCGGCACGGGGACCUCCUGUCCCUCGGCCUCUACUACCUGCUCCUCUACAAGGACCCCAUGAAGGCGCAGCCGCUGCCGGCGCAGACGCUGCUGAGGCUGCGAGCCCUUGCAACCCCGCCGCCCCUCGAGGGCCGCCCCGUCUGCGGGGCGUGUGGCAGCCUGCUGAAGGAGAAGGACCCUGCUGCCAAAAAGCGGGCCCCCUCGCCCGCCGGGGGCCCCAGGACGCCCCGCAGGAAGAUGCAGCUGGAGUUCGAGCCGGCGGCCGAGGACGUGCUCCUGCGGCGCAUCAUGACCCUGAUCGAGCCCGGUGGGGACGACCACAAGCUGACACCCGCCUUCCUGCUCUGCCUCUGCAUCCAGCACUCGGCCACCAACUUUGAGCCAGGAGACUUCGGGCAGCUGCUGCUCAAAGCAGCCAAAAUGAUCCAGAGGACAGUGUGGGAGCGGACACGGGAGCUGGCUGAAAAGCAGUCCCAGCACCAGGACCCUGCCUCCCUGUCCCGCUUCACCAUCACGGACCUUCUCCCAGACCUGCAGCACAUCAUCUUCUGGAUGGCCAACGCCAUCGAGAUCCUAUACUUCGUCCAGCAGAAAUCACCCACCUACAUCCAGAGCAUGGAGGAGGAGCUGGACAUCAGAGGCUCCAAGGAGUCUCUGUUCUCCUCGACCAUCACAGCCAGCGAGGAGGCGAUGACAGUGCUGGAGGAGGUGAUCAUGUACACCUUCCAGCAGUGUGUCUACUACAUCUCCAAGUGUCUGUAUGUGUCGCUCCCUGCCCUGCUGGAGUGCAACCCCUUCCAGAGUGAGUGCCGGGAGAGCUGGAGGGCGGCCCCGCCGCUGCCCGAGGAGCUCCGCAGGGUCGUGCUCAUCUACCAGGCGGUGCUGGACCUGCUCCACCAGUAUGAAGUGCACCCAGAGAUCACCUCCCAGAUGUUUGCCUACCUCUUCUUCUUCUCCAACACCCUGCUCUUCAACCAGCUCCUGGAUAAGGGCUCCUCUCUCAGCUGCUUCCACUGGUCUCAGGGGGUGAAGCUGCGGGCGAGUGUGCGGCUGCUCCUGGACUGGCUGCGCGGCGCUGGCUUUGAGCAGCUCGCCCAGCAGUUCUUCGCCAAACUCGCCAGUGUGGCCAACCUGCUGGCCAUGCCUGGCUCCCAGCUGGUGCAGAUGACCUGGCCGUCCCUGCGAGCCGAGUUCCCGGCGCUGAGCCCUGCACAGCUCCACCGGGUGCUGAGCCAGUGCCAGGCGGUGAUGGACAUGGGCUGCAUCGCAGCAUGGCAGCCCAGCGAGGAGGAGAGCCCAGACACCUUCCAGCCCGAUGAGAUGCUGGAGUCCUUUGACAACCACCCACCCAUCAUCCUGCCCAGUGGGGGCUUCAAAGUGGACCUGGAGGUGGAGACGUUGGAUGACAACAUCUACCGGCACCUCCUUUACAUCCGCCACUUCCUCUGGAGCCUGCAGAGCAAGAGCCCCCACACCAGCGAGGGGCCGGGCUCAGCACCCCUAAAGCCCUACGACUACCCCACGCCGGAGUCUUCCAGCCGCAGCUCUGCCACCGACGACUUCUGCUACGUCUUCGUGGUGGAGCUGGAGAGGGGACCCAGCGGGCUGGGCAUGGGGCUGAUCGACGGCGUGCACACCCCCCUGUGCUCCCCGGGGAUCUACAUCCGCACCCUGAUCGAGGACAGCCCCGCGGCCGCCGACGGCCGCCUCUCCCUUGGGGACCGCAUCCUGGCUGUCAACGGCACCAGCCUCAUCGGGGCAGACUAUCAGAGUGCUGUGGAGCUCAUCCGCUCCGGAGGGAAGAAGCUGCGGUUUCUGGUUGCCAAGUCGGAUGUGGAAAUAGCCAAAAAAAUCAGUUCCAGCUCCUCUGUCUCCUAGUCCUUGUGGUAUCAGGAUCCUUCUGCAGCAGCCUGCGGGUGCAGCUCUGGUUAAGGCUCACCCUGGGGGAGCCUGGAGUGAGGGAGAGCAAAAGGGAGGACCAGGACUCCACAACUGCCCUUGAUUUGCUUUUGGACACUUUGUCCCUGUGCUGCAGCAGAUGAAAGGACAUGCAAGGAUGGUGCAUGCUUCUCCCACGGCACUGGCUGGAAGCAUCAUUCCUGAUCCAUUGCCCAGCCUCACCUUAUACCUGGUGUUGUCCUUCUCAGAAGCUUUCCUGGUCCUUUGUCCCCUCUGGCAGGGGGCAGGAAGAGGAUGCUCCCCCCUGGGGACUGUAGGCAGGCUCCUCUGUUCCUCUAGGCUGGAGCCCUGUGUGCUAUUUCAUGCUGGCAGGCAGAAGACUUGAAACACCUUUGGAUUUUAAAGAUGAAUGUGUGGGGCAGGCCUGGGCUCCACUGUGGCAGUGGCCACCUGAGGUGCUGGCACAUCAGGCUGGAAAAGUGUGCCUAGCUCUGGGGGUGGUGAAGGCAGCACAAGCACCCAGGAGCAGGAUUCCAGGCAGGAUGAAUUGCCAGGAGUUAAGUUCCCUGGUGCCAUACUCAGGUGCCUUUCUGCUGCUGGGCUACCAGCCCUGCUUUGGGAUGGGAAGCAGCUACAGCAAAGGGCUGAUACCACCAGCAGUUCCUGUGAGUCCCAGGGAGAGCCCCCUGAAGAAAAGGACUCCCUUGCCCUUGUUCUGCAGCAGAUUUACUGCCCGGCUCCAGCACCACAAUCUUGGCAGAAGGCCCCUAGGACUGAUCCAGCAGCAUGGGGCAUCCACAGCAGAGUUUCUCCUCACAGAGGGUUUGUGCCACCAGGAACUCAAGAGAACCUGGCAGCACACAGGGCCAGACCCCAGGUGUGGCUGACACCAGCCCAGGCAGACAAAUGACAGCUUGGCACUGCACCUGGUCCUCUCCCUCCAGCUUUGCCAGGCCAUUGCAAGGCCACCCCGUUUCCUGCCCAGCUUGGAGCAUCUCACCAGUGUGUGCUGCUGACGUGCCAAUGGGCGAGGACGGGCAGCAGAGGCUCCCUCUGGAAGGACAGUCUGGAGUGUCCCAGGAACUGCUCUGCUACCUGCUGCCGGCCACGGUGUCAGCAGAGCCGAGGAACCAGCUCCACCGUGCGGCUGUCCAGGCCCUGGCACACCCGGCCUCCUGCCUGCCAAGCCCUCCCUCUGCUUUUAGCAACAUUAACGGGAUAAACCCGACCUGAUUUCCACAUAUAGAUGGAUACUGAAACCUAGUUUAGCCGAACCCUAUUAAUAACAGCCUGCAGCAAAGCCCUCCAUCACACCCUGCAUGGCCUAGGCUCUGGCAGCAAAUCAGAUACUCACAUGGCAUCUCACAACAAUGCCACUCGAGGAUUGUGAUGCUAAAAAAGGGUUGGCCUUAAUGACACCUCACUGCUGUAGUUUUGGUUCCUGUGCUUAAGCCUCGCACGUUGCAGGAGGAGAGAGAUGUCAAAACAAUCCAUGCAAGGGAAACACUCCACUACUGGAUUUCAACACAGCCUGGCCUGUCUUUCCUAGGCAAGAUGGACCAAGCACCUUCACCAAGACAUUAGUGCCUUGCUUCUCUGCUAGGCCACACUCACACCCCCUGGGUGGGGUGCUGCCCCAGCAGGGACUGGGGGCAGUGCAUCCCUCCUGCUGCUGACUCAGCUGUACCAGGCAGGCGAGCAAAGGCUCAGGGCCCCACGGGGCUCCUGGUGAUUCACUCCACUUUGAAUCAAGUAGGUAUGUUGGCCUGUCAUCCCCCACAGAACUUGAAAUGGGCCGCCUAGGGCCCUUGGAAAAAUUGCAUGCACUCCUUACUCCCCUCUGCCUGGAAGCCAGGGCUUGGGGGAGGCUUGGUUUGCACUACAGUGCUGGGGCUGCAUCCUGGCAAGUUCCAGCAGUACCAGCUCAACCCUCUGCUCCCAACUGAGCACUCCUGGAGCUGGAAAACAGCCCCAGAGCUGUAUGUUGCUCACAGUGCAGUCAGGUAUUGAAACAGACUGUAAAUAAACCCUGCUAUUUACUAGUGUGCAUGAGGGCUGGCUCCUCCCGGGAGGAGCCUUGGGAUGGAUUUACUUCCCUGUUUGUUAAUACUGUACAGCUCAAACGUGUAUAAACCUCUGGUGCAGAUACAGAACACAGCAUGGCGCCUGUCUGACAUAGGGCUGGUGUAUGUUAAGAAAUGCUCUGUGUCAACAAUAAACUGGAUCAAUAAAUCUCUCUAAGCUCUG